AUGGACUCGAUCGAGCUGAUCACCAAGAACUUGCAGGAGCACCUGUCCAUCAACAUCCUGGCCGACGCGCUGAACCGCCAGGAUGACGCGGCCCGAAUCUACUGGGGCACUGCGCCGACCGGCAAGCCGCACAUCGGCUACUUCGUGCCGCUGGUGAAGAUCGCCGAGUUCCUGAAGGCCGGCUGCCAGAUGACCAUCCUCUUUGCCGACCUGCACGCCUUCCUGGACCACAACAAGUCCACCCUGGACGUGCUGGAGCACCGCUCCUACUACUACGAGCGCGUCAUCACCCAGGCCCUCGUGUCCAUCGGCGUCCCCAUCGACCAGCUCACCUUCUCGCGCGGCAUGAGCUACCAGCUGAAGUCCGACUACUCGAAGGACGUGCUGCAGCUGUGCAAGCUGGUGUCGCUGGUGGAUGCCAAGCGCGCCGGUGCCGAGGUCGUCAAGCAGGUGGACUCGCCCCUGCUGUCGGGCAUGGUGUACCCCCUGCUGCAGGCCCUCGACGAGCAGUACCUCCUGGUGGACGCGCAAUUUGGCGGCGUGGACCAGCGCAAGAUCUUCACCUUCGCCUACAUGUUCCUCCCGCGCCUGGGCUACCGCCGCCGGGCGCACCUGCUCAACCCCAUGGUCCCCGGGCUGCAGGGGGCCAAGAUGUCCGCCUCGCAGGCCGACUCCAAGAUUGACCUGCUGGACUCGCGCGAGACCAUCUUCUCCAAGAUCGCCACGGCCCAGUGCUCCCCCGGCGAGAUCGAGGGCAACCCGCUGCUCUGCUUCGCGCAGUAUGUCCUCUUCCCGGCGCGCGCCCUGAACCCGGCCGGCGGCCCGGUGACCCUGGCCCCGGCGGCCGGCGGCGCCCCGCGCGCCUUCGACACCUUCGACCAGCUGCGCGACGCCUUCCAGGCCGGCGAGGUCACCCCCGACGACCUGCGCGCCCUGGUGUCGACCGGCAUCUCGGACCUGAUCGAUCCCAUCCGCGAGCAGUUCACCGGCGACGCGCGCUGGGCCGAGUCCGAGGCCAAGGGCUACCCCACGGCCGAGGCCACCGGGGCCGCCCCCUGCGACGACCUGCUCGACGAGCUGGCCGCCAUGGACUCGGGCAAGAUGACGGCGGAGCUGGUGGCCGCCGUGGCCGAGUGGAAGGCCGGGCGCACGGCCUCCUCGGAUCUCGGGCCCCUGCGCCGGGCCGUGGCCCCGGCCCUGGCCCAUGAGUAUGCCCACCGUCUGGCCACGGCCUCCGGCGACCGGCUGGCCGCCUUCCGCGCCCGGCUGGCCGAUCAGGCCCAGCUCCGGGCCCUGGUCCAGAGCGUGGCCAGCUAUGUGGCCGAGCAGCCGGCCGCCGCCGGGGCGGCCGAGGUGGAUGCCACCGCCGCCGGGCCGCUCGGGCUCGGGUCCGUGGCGGCCCUGCUGACGCAGCUCCUGUCGCGCCUGCAGCCGGUGGACACUGCCGCCGCCGCCGCCGGUGGGGAGGAUGGCGCUGCCGGCCUCUCGGCCGUGGCCGCCGUGCAGGGGCCCCUGGCCCAGUCGGUGGCCGACAUCGGCGCCAAGGCGCCCAACUGCGACUUCGUCGACAUCGGCCGGACCCUGCUGGCCGACAUGGCCAGCCUGGCCGGCCUGGUGGAGCGCAUUUCCGCCAACCUCACCGACGCCGACCAGGUGGCCCCCCUGCUGCUGACCCUGUGCGUGCAGCUGAAGACCCUGAGCACCAACCUGAACAGCAUGCGCCCGGCGUGCGAUCAGUCGCUGUCGAAGUCGCGCGCGCGCGACUUCAAGGCCAAGCUCGACCAGCUGGCCGCCCUGGCGCAGGAGCUCCUGCCCGGGUGCACCCUGCUGGCUGGGCUGCUGCAGUGUGUGGCCGCGUGGCUCGGGGCCGCCCGGCGCCUCGGCACCGAGGGCACCCUGGCCGAGGUGGCCGGCCAGCAGCCGGUGCCGGCCUUCCUGGCCGCCGUGAAUGCCGACCUGCUGGCCUUCCUGGACGGCUCGUCGCAGCUGAUCCUCACCUUCCCGGCGGAGCUGCUGGCCCAGAUCUUCGACGUGGCCAGCGACCUGAACACCGAUGUCAGCGCCUUCAUCGACACGCUGGACGCGCCGUUUGUCGGCUUCCUCAGCGCCGCCAUGGCUGCCCUGGAGGCGGCUGCCUAA